UGACCGUUUUCACUCAUCAUCCAGCUCUCUCUCAUAUUCUCUCUCUCUCUUCUUCAACCUCUUAGUGAAUCUCUCUCUUCUACUUGUUAAAUUUCGAAGGAGACAUUUUGGUUGGUGUAAAGAAACAGAGAGAUCUAUUGUUUUUAGGGUUUAAGCUCAAGUUUGGUUUGUUGAUUCUUCUGUUUCUUUCUUCAGAUUUACUCUACAAUGAAGUGAGAAUUUCAAAAACAAAUUAACAAAGAAAAACUUGGGACUUUAGCAAGAUGGAGACUGUCAGACCAAUGGUUGUUGCUCCUAAGGGUAAAAUCAGACGCAAGUUUGCUAAAGUUCUGAACAUUCAUAAGCUUACGGGUGUUGCUCCAGAAGAGGAAAUGAAGAAGAUUAAGUUUGAUUCCAAGACUGCUAAUUUAUCUGAAUCUUUCUACAAGCUUGAGGAAGAGUAUGAGAGAAGUCUAGCAUUGGAAGCUCUUCUCGCGAAGCUUUUUGCAACAGUUUCUUCCAUCAAAGCGGCUUAUGCACAGUUACAGCAUUCUCAGUCUCCCUAUGACUCAAUCGGGAUUCAAAAAUCUGACAACUUGGUAGUCGCUGAGCUUAAGACACUGUCUGAGCUGAAACAAUGUUUCUUGAAGAAACAAGUGGAUCCAAAUCCUGAAAGAACUCUGGUUCUGGCGGAGAUUCAAGAGCUGAGGAGUUUAUUGAAAACGUAUGAGAUAAUGGGGAAGAAGCUGGAGUCUCAGUACAAGCUCAAAGACUCAGAGAUCAUAUUUCUGAGAGAGAAACUCGAUGAAUCGAUGAAACAGAACAAGUUGGUAGAGAAGAGACUUAACCAAAGCGGACAACUAUGCAAUCCUCUCUACAAUCUUCACCUAUCGGCUCUAAAUCCAACGCAUUUCAUUACUUAUCUGCACCACACAGUCAAAUCCACCAGAGGAUUCGUGAAGCUAAUGAUCGAACAAAUGAAGAUCGCGGGAUGGGAUAUUUCAUCGGCUGCUAAUUCGAUCCAGCCCGGUGUCUUCUACUACAAGCAAGACCACAAGUGUUUCACUUUCGAACACUUUGUCUCCAAUGUAAUGUUCGAAGCGUUUCAUCUACCAUACUUCUCAACCUCAAGCGAUUCAAGAAGCUACAAGAUGAAGAAACAGAGCAAAGCAGAGAGGGAAAUGUUCUUUGAAAGGUUUAAAGAACUCAGGUCAAUGAAAGCAAAAGAUUAUCUAACGGCACGACCUAAAUCAAGAUUCGCUAGGUUUUGUCGAGGAAAGUACUUGCAGGUUAUACAUCCAAAGAUGGAGCAAGCUUUCUUCGGACAUUUGCAUCUGAGAAACCAAGUCUCAGCUGGUGAGUUCCCAGAGACGAGCUUGUUCUCUGGAUUCCUCGAAAUGGCGAAAAGGGUUUGGCUUUUGCAUUGCUUAGCUUACUCGUUCGAACCUGAAGCUGAGAUCUUUCGAGUACCCAAAGGUUGUAGAUUCUCUGAAGUGUACAUGAAGAGCGUAGCAGAGGAAGCGUUUUUCCCGGCGUCGGAGAGUUCGCCGGAAUCCGAGCCGCGUGUAGCGUUCACGGUGGUUCCAGGGUUUAGGAUUGGGAAGACUUCGAUACAGUGCGAGGUCUAUCUCUCGCUUUCGUGAUCACCGUCAGAUCUAAGUCGGACGGUGAGGAUGCAUUGGACUGAUUUGGUAAUUUCGGGAAGUUGCUUUGGUAUAUCUCGGAAUAUGGAGAAAAAUUGUGGGCCGUUGGAUCAGAAGUAGUAGUGAUGUGUUUUGAUGUUUUCUCUGUCCUCUUGAGUUUUGUCGAUAUUAUUUUAGUUCAGAGAACACAAAAGAGGCAUCUUUUUAGCUGUUGUCCAUUGAAUAUUUAUCUCUUCUUUUUUCUAAUAUAAUAUGUAAAUAUUUUAUGAUUUU